AUGUAUGAGAGCGCCCUCAGAAAAGACACAGUGGUUCAGAUGACAUUACUAGAAAAGAGUAUGUGUUAUAAACAAGGAAAGUAUGAGAAAAAAAGGGAUGACAAAGGUAUAAGAAGUCGAGGGGUUGUACGAUGUGGAUAUGAGGCUAAAAUUGCAGUUUUACAGGUUGGGCAGAGCAGUAUCUACAUAGUCUCUAACUUUGUGGAGGAGCACAACCAUCUCUUGUUUCUCCCUAAAGAGCUUAGUUUGGUCAAUAUACCCCCACACAAGCAAUUUGGUAUUUUGGAGGUGCAAGCAGGUGGGAUACAAAAUAUUGGUUGUACAAAGACCGACUUAUAUAACUAUGCAAGAGAUAUACGAAGAGAGUACAAGGGUCAUGAUGCAAAAAUGGUGUAUGAGCAUUUUAUUUGCGAGAAAUCAAAGAAUGACCCUUUUUAUAUUAAGAUGAAGGCAAAUGAUAAUGAUAAGCUCACACAUUGCUUUUGGGCUGAUGCAAAAUCAAGAAGUUCUUAUAAGGCUUAUGGUGAUGCUAUUGUGUUUAAUAAUCAUGGUCAAACAAUUGUGUUUGGUUGUGGUUUCUUGAAUAAGGAAACCACUGAGUCUUUCCUUUGGUUGUUAGAGCAAUUUAAAGAUACUAUGUCAGCUGAUCCUCCAAACAUUUUCAUCACUGAUCAAGAUCCUGCAAUGGGAAGACCAUUACUCAAGCUUUUCCUGGUACAUUUCACAGAUUUUUGUAUUUGGCAUAUUAUGAAUAAGUUCUCUGUGAAGAUAAGUGCUUGCGCUCAUAAAGAUUCUCUUAGUGAACUUGAGAAGUGUGUAUGGGAUUUAGACACCAAAGAAGAGCUUGAUUCUCAGUGGAUGGAGAUUAUUGAUAGACGCAAACUUCAUGACAAUGACUAG